AUGAAUUAUAUAAAACAAUUUUUUUAACCACCUAACUCACUUACGUAUUUCGCAUUCAAAAAUGAUGGAUGGAAUAAUGAAAAUUGCAAAACCUCUAAUGAAAAGAUAAAUAAAAAGGAGAUUUCAUUCCUAACAUAUAAUGUCUGGUUUGAAAAGCAUAAUUUUAACGAAAGAGUUAUAGAAAUCUUAAAAAUAAUAUAACAGAGCAAUUGCGAUUUCGUAUGUUUGCAAGAAGUAACCAGAAACUUUUAGAUUAUGAUGUCCAAUGAUAAAUUUAUCUAAUCAACUUAUUUCAUCACCGGAAAUGUUAUUACGGAUUACGGGAUAUUAAUACUUAGCAAAUUUAAACCUACAUUUAUAAGAGAAUUGCCAUUCAACUCUAAAUUUGGAAGAACGUUCUUAUAUUUAGAAUGCGAAAUUAAUGGGCAUUCAUUAGUUGUUGGAACUUCUCAUCUUGAAUCAAUGGUUUAUAAUGAAUAAACAAGAUGUGAUUAGCUGUAAACUACAUACUAAGAAUUAGAAAAAUAUAAGAAUGUAAUUAUCAUGGGGGAUUUUAAUUUGGAAACUUAAAAGGAUGAACAAUCUAUCUCACCAUAAUACGCUGAUUUAUGGAAACAACUUUACCCUGACAAUACUGGAUACACUUUUAUAAUUGAUGAUUUCAAAAGAAGAUUUGACAGAGUAUUGUUAAAAAAAGGGUAUAUCAUAAAUUUUAUUAAAGGGGUUCGUAUCAAGCAAGCAAAGUAGAGAUUUUAGGCAAGGAAGAAAUACCACUCUACAAAAAGGAUAAACCUUCAAGGAAGGGAGAAGUUAAGACUCCUUCCGAUCAUUAUGCAUUAAAAAUACAUUUAUAACAUUUAUUAUGA